AUGACUUGUAGUAAGAUGAAUCAUAAAUCAAUGAAUAAGAGAAAGGAAUUGCCAUCUCCGUCAAUGACGAGGAUGGAUGAUGGAGCCAUUGUGAUGAGAGAUGGGGAAACGGCUCGGUCAUUGAGAAUUGACGGAGUUCCUCCGUCGGAGAUCACUCCAGAGAUAAGAGUACAAAGACGUGUCGACAGACGAGUUUCUUUUGACGAUAAGGUUGAUGAAGAGCUUCAAAAAGCUCAAACUGAAGGGUGCACCGACGGGAGCCAUGACCUGUCCCCUACGGAUCAUCCGAGGAAUAGAGCAAAUAUUUAUGCUCAAUUAUUCGGCCCUGAACUAGACGGCCACACCAAUGGGAACCAUGACCUGUCCUCUAUGGAGCAUCUGAGGAGUCGAGCAGAUAUUUAUGCUCGAUUGUUUGGCCUUGAAUUGACAGUCCCUGAACUAGAGGGCCAUUCCAAUGGGGACAGUGCCGACACCCCCUCACGGUUGAUCGCUCCCGCAGAAAAGAACGAAGAAGUUGCCGAUUCUAAUGGGGAUUUGCAGGAUACUGUCUGCCGAGGAAAUGCCGAUGAUGGUAUUCGGAUAGCGAGUGACAACUGUGCUGGCAUUGCAGGUCGUAUUCGAUCUCUGAGUAGGACCAAUAAAUGCCAGUCGUAUGAGUUGAGCGACUUGUCUGGCGAUGAAAUUCGGAGCUCCAUGGAUGAUGAAGACUUCACUCUGACGAGGAGGCAAAAAAUGAAGAAUCAGAAAGGAACUGAAACUGCAAAGGACAGCAUGCCAGCAAAGGCUUCAGGGCAGCGCUGCAAUCGAAUGCCAAAAAGAAAGGUAGCGGUGAACGCUCCUGAGAGGAAGACAAAGCAGAGGAGGAUCUCGGGAAUCUGUGAGGGCAAAGAACAGAGAUUGGAGAGCGAGGGUGGCAACGAUGAUGACCGAAGAACAGUCAAGGAAGGGGAGCACCUAGUCUCAGACUCUGCCCAGCCCCCGAAAGCUACACGGGUUUGCAAAAGUGGCGGUGAUGGAGAGGAUAUGCCGUAUUGGCUUAAGGAGAUGACAAAGUUUAUGACGGGGGCUAAAGCGAAGAAGCUUAAGCCAAAAAGAUUUGAUAUCUCCAAGAUCCUAAAGGAAUCUAUUCUCGGACAACCGUCUCGAACAAUGCAUGCCGGUGAAGGGAGUGGAGCGGCAGAUGGAGCUGAAGACUACCCACCUCUUCCAAAGAAGUUUCGGUUUGAGGAAGAUGUCGCCCCGCUAACAGAAAAGGAACAGAGGCCAGCUGAGUGGGAAAAGGAGUUGGACGACUUGUUUGAAGAGUUCAACUUUAGCUGUGCUGUUGAGGAAAUUGGAACGACUGCCCGCCGUGAGGUUGUUGGAGUAGACGAUGAGGAGGAGGAAGAGAGUCAGGAGCGCAGAUGUGCUCGAGGGCUACAUGAACUGGUAUUAGAAGAUGAUCGAGGAUGGUUUUGUAUCUGCUGUCAGCAUGUGGCGAUUCAACCGAAGGAUGUAAUUCCUCCGUGGGCGAUCAAAGGUCGUAAUGCUUCCGGAAAGAAGAAGCAGGAGAAAGGGAAGGCUCUGGAUCUUAGCGCCGUUAAUCUCCCAGAAGCUGAUGCAGCGGAGAUAAGCAGCUGGACUAGCGGCUCAGUGUGGAGCAUCAAGCCUGGUGUGCGUGAAAGUAUGUACGAACACCAGCAAGAAGGAUUUGAGUUCCUCUGGAGGAACUUGGCAGGCAGUACCGAUAUUGCUGAUUUAAAGAACUCAAAUCUAGCUGGAGUGGGCGGAUGCAUCAUUUCUCAUGCCCCAGGGACAGGAAAGACACGUCUCAUGAUCGUAUUCCUCGAGACAUACCUAAAGAUGUAUCCAAACUGUCUGCCGAUGAUCAUCGCCCCGGCUGGAUUGCUUCAGAACUGGGAAGGGGAGUUCAGGAAGUGGAAUUCCGGGUUUAAUUUCCACAACCUGAACAAUCUGACAAUUAUCGGUGACGAGAUGGCGGCUGCUGAUCAUCUCUUUCAAGGAACGAGUAUCAGAUGCAGGGACAUGGAGGCAAUCCGGAUGGUAAAGAUAUAUUCAUGGAAGAGAGGGGGAGGCCUUUUGGGGAUUAGCUACAGUCUGUUUGAGAAGCUGACGGCGCAGAAAAACGAGGAAGCAGAUGCAGGCAAAGAGGGGCAGAGGUCGGGUGUUGAAAAGAACUUCGAAGUUCUGAGGUCGAUACUUCUUGAGAUGCCUGGACUGGUGAUUCUUGAUGAAGGCCAUACUCCCCGCAACCGCCGGAGUAAAAUUUGGACUUCACUGGUUCAGCUCAAGACUGAAAAGCGUGUUAUAUUGUCUGGGACGCUCUUCCAGAACAACUUUAGAGAGCUGUUUAACUCACUGAAGAUCGUAAGGCCUACGGUGGCAGAAGCAGCUAUGCAGGACCCGACAUUCUCUGAGAUUCUGCAUUCAGAUAGGAACCGCCGGAGAUCUAGGCCUGCUUUGCUUCCGGAAUCCAUCAACCGUGCAGUGGAGAGGCUUAAAGUCUCAAUGGCGCCAUUUGUGCAUGUGCACAAAGGCUCUAUCCUGCAAAAGAGUCUUCCCGGAUUAAGAGACUGUGUGGUCCUCUUGAAAUCGACUGGAUUGCAGAAGAAUCUGAUCGACUUGUUGGAAGGGGAACGAUUAAGGAAAACAAUUAAGAGUACAGAUUUUGUUUUUUCUUUGGUAUCUGUUCAUCCCUACCUUAUCCAACGAUGCAAGUCGCAAGUGCCAACUGAUGGAAUCGAUAUGCAAGCAGCCGAGGCAUCCAAGCUCAAUCCCAGCGAAGGAGUCAAAACAAAAUUCAUCGUCGAGUUUGUCCGCCUUAGUAUGACGCUGAAGGAAAAAGUGCUCAUCUUCAGCCAGUACCUUCCGCCCUUGGACCUGAUCGAAGAGCAUCUGACCGCGACCUUCCAGUGGAAUGCCGGGAAGGAAAUUCUGAGGCUGGAAGGAAAGCUAGAGAAGAAGCAACGGCAGAAUGUGAUCAACGCAUUCAACGAUCCAGAAAAUGAUUCCAUGAUCAUGCUGGCGUCGACGAAGUGCUGCUCGGAGGGCAUUAGUCUGGUUGGGGCUUCCAGGGUCAUUCUGCUGGACGUUCUCUGGAAUCCUUCUGUCCAGCAGCAGGCAAUCUGUCGAGCUUAUAGGAUUGGGCAAAACAAGUUUGUCCAUACCUACCAUCUUAUGACUGCUGGCACGACUGAGGCGGACAAAUAUUGCCGGCAAGCUGAGAAAGAGCGGCUAUCUGAAUUAGUGUUUUGUUCUUCUUCAAAUGAGCAAGAUAUCUCAAAGCAGCCGAUGGCGGAGAUUGAGGACAAGAUUCUUGAGGCGAUGGUCAAGCACGGAAUGACAAAAGACAUGUUUGAAAAGAUCAUCCACCAGCCAAAAACCUCAGACUUGAUCCAAUCCUUAGGCCUCAGAGGUUGAGUAUGCUCCCGGAAGUAGUAAGCUGAAUCGUUGCGAUAAAUCAGAGAAUCAUCAUGGGAACUGACUGCAGGCACCCG